AGAGGCAAAGUCAAGUCGUGCUGGACUGGCGCGAUAUCCUCGCACGGUUCGCAACUAAAAGAAGACCUGACCCGCAUUUAAUCAUGCAUUUAAAUGAUGGAAUAUGCUGAUUUUAAAAGUUGACCAGGGAUUUUUAGUUGUGGGGUGCUUGCGAGGCAUGGCUUUCCUUUUAACUUGCUUAUUUCUGUCUUGUUACAGUGUGAGCAGUGUUUGGGGAAAUAAGCCCGGCGAAAAUAUCUAUUUGGAUAACAUCACGCGCAUAUUGGAUAGAUUACUGGACGGCUAUGACAACAGGCUGCGACCUGGAUUUGGAGGUCCAGUGACAGAGGUCAAAACUGACAUCUUUGUCACCAGCUUUGGACCCGUUUCAGAUGUUGAGAUGGAAUACACCAUGGACGUCUUCUUCCGUCAGACGUGGAUUGACGAGCGGCUGAAAUUUGAGGGCCCCAUCGAGAUCCUGCGGCUCAACAACCUGAUGGUCAGCAAGAUCUGGACGCCGGACACCUUUUUCCGGAAUGGCAAGAGGUCGAUCUCUCACAACAUGACCACCCCCAACAAGCUGUUCCGCAUCAUGCAGAACGGAACUAUCCUCUACACCAUGAGAUUAACUAUAAAUGCAGAGUGUCCCAUGCGUCUGAUGAACUUCCCGAUGGACGGCCACGCCUGCCCGCUCAAAUUUGGGAGCUAUGCUUACCCCAUCAGCGAGAUCGUGUACACGUGGAAGAAAGGUCCUCUGUCCUCUGUGGAGGUGCCAGAGGAAUCGUCUAGUUUGCUGCAGUACGACCUCAUCGGUCAGACGGUGUCAAGCGAGAGGCUGAAGUCCAACACAGGUGAAUAUGUCAUCAUGACAGUCCAUUUCCACCUGCAAAGGAAGAUGGGCUUCUUCCUGAUCCAGACAUAUAUUCCCUGUAUUAUGACCGUCAUCCUGGCCCAAGUCUCUUUCUGGAUUAAUAAAGAAUCAGUUCCAGCGAGGACGGUGUUUGGUAUCACCACGGUCCUGACCAUGACAACACUCAGUAUCAGCGCCCGCCACUCCCUCCCCAAAGUUUCUUACGCCACGGCCAUGGAUUGGUUCAUCGCCGUUUGCUUUGCUUUCGUUUUCUCCGCCCUGAUUGAGUUUGCGGCCGUCAACUACUUCUCCACCCUGCAGGCCAACAGGGAGCUGAGGAAAGCAGCAGCCAUGAAGGCGGCGGCUCAGGAGGCGGCAGCUGCAGCUGCCUCACCGGCUGCAGCCGCGGGGAACGACGGAGAGGUUUCCUCUGUGGAUGCCAGCAGUGUGCUGAAGAAGAGGAUGAACUCUGCCCCAGUGUUUGACCGCCCUGCCAAAACAUUUCCCAAUCCACCCGUCAAUGCCCAAGCCUUCCUGCAGCAGGGUUCAGCGGUGCCAGCCAACAACGUUCUGACGGGCACCAGCAUCAUCGACAAAUACUCCCGCAUCCUCUUUCCACUUUCGUUUGGCGCCUUCAAUCUGGUCUACUGGAUCGUUUAUCUCACUAAGGACACGAUGGAGAUGUCCAGGGAUACCGUGUAAACCAAGUGUUCGUCUUCCUGGAAAUGCACACACAUUUCAUACACCUGCACAGACACACACACACACACACACACGCACACACACACUAAAUAGAUGACGGACGCUUGCCAAGCACUGUUUUAUGCCGCCUUAGUGCAUUGUAUUUCUUUUUUAAGUACUCCCCUGGAAAGUGAGUGUUUUGAGAGCAGAUGUACCAGCUCCGAUUGCCAACUUGACCUGGGAGCUCACAGCCUGUGGGCCCCAGGCUCUGGAAUCAUUUCAAACAGGUACAACAUCUCUCUCUGUGUUCAGUUCUUUAUUUAUUUUCCCUAAUAUUUAAAAAAAAAGAAAGUUGUAUGACACUUUUUGAGUGUCAUUCCUGUAUUCCCUGCCAGAGUGGAUGGGGCAAGAUGCAGUGGCUAAGCUAGCUAGGCUGCAGAACCAGAGGCAGAGCCACUACUUGUGUGUAUGUAUUUAUGUAUGCGUGCAACAUGCAUGUAGUUCCACACAUAGUGAUUUUGCAUGUUUGCUUGAAAUGACUCAUUCCCUUCUAUGAUAUUUAGAACACACUUGAGGGAAUGAGUGUACCCAUCGUCCUGACUGAAUCCAAUGUGACUGACCCAACUCCAGUUCUUCUUUCCACUUCUUUUCCACUUCUUUCCACUGUUCUUUUCAACAACACACGCCAUUUGUUGGUACAUUAGCUUCAUUUUCCUCCACUAGUGGAGUACAGAGGAUGUGAUACGACAUAUUUCAAGGGUUUUUAAGGUGUGUUUCACAGAUACAUAUGCCUGGUUGAAUAUUAACUGUCACAAGCAUAUAUGGAUGGAGAAACGUGGACAUAUAGAAAGAAAAUUGAUAGUAUUCUAGGUCCUGGAUUUCCUUUGAUAGAAAUAUACUUUGACACAUUAGUGCUUGACUAUAUGACCAUCACAAAAUAAACGCUAAAAUCUGUAAUCUAUCUGGUAUCAGAAACACACAGUACCUAGACAAGUGAAGAAUACAUGCAAAAAACACAUGUCAUUUAUGACAUGCAAGACACUUUAAAUGAUAAGUCCUUGGUAGUCCUUUAUACGCUAUAGCAUUAUUAUAAUUCUUCUUUUAUAUUGUUUAGACUUAUUGUAGCAUUUUUAAUUGAAGUUAAAGAAUGCCUACAGUGGUUGCCAAUUCAUUUUGGAGACGAAAGCACAGGCUUCUUUUAAAAAAGCAGCAAAAAAUAGACACCUAAACCUAUCAUCAUCAACUAUACGAAAGGCCAAAACAUUUGCAUAAAUAGUCCACUUGUGUGGAUUUGCAUAUUAUUAUGCAGAGCUUCAAAUUAAGUAGAGAUUCUAAUAUGUUUAAGCCAUUUGGUGUUUAAAUAUAAACUAAUGUGUGUUUGCUUCCUCGUGACAUCCAUCAUCCAUGAGGAUGUUCUCAUUAAAGGUGUCUCUUAUUAACACAGGCACCUUUUGAAAUGGAAAAAAUAAAAGCCUACUCAUGGUGCCAAAAAAUUACAGUACAGAUGGAAACUGUACACCUCAUCUUGUUGUUUAGUGGGUGUUAAAUUUUGAUGAAAAUUCUCACUCAGACUUUAUGUAACACAAAAGCUAUACAAUAGGAGGAAUUUACCCAGUCGUUCUUAUUCAAUAUAGACUGUACUAAGGGGCCUAUCUAUAGAAUGUAUUGAACAAAAAGCAUCACGACAUCCUGGUUCUUUAUUAUCGUGUUUUGGUUUUAUUCUGGUUUGGAAGGAAACUCUUCAGUUGUUGUAAUUAUGUAUAUUUCCUAUGAGUCCUUUGAUUUGUGACAGGACUAGAACGGUAGAGCUCAGUUCAAUAAUACUGUUAGCAUACAUAAAUAAAGCAUGAUUAAAACGCUUCAUCAAUAACAUGUAGAAUAAAUAUAAUACAACACAAUAAAAAUACAAUAUAGAGUCUUGUUGGACCCCCAAGGUUCAGAUUCAUUGCUUAAUACUGGUUGCAAACACGCAACUCUAUCACCAGAACAUAUUGGACACUUCUGCAAUACCUCAGAUUACACGGGUUAGGUUACUAAAACAUAUAAAGGCAAAGUUGUGACACAACACAAACUCCAGUUUCCAGUGUCAAUUAUGGGAUGCAAAGGAUUUCUUCAUUCAGAGGACUGUUGCUGCAUGUUUUUUUUCUUUUCUUUGUACCCCUGAGGACUAAAGAAACAGUGGUGUCAGACUGUAUGAACUGUCUUUGUAUCCCUCUUUCUCUACUUCAUUCAUCACCUUCCUCCUCCCCUCUGUCUUUGAGGCAGAGGCUGAUGAGACAGGGCAUUUCAGCCCCCUUCUGCCCUGUAUGUCAGGCACCUUUGCAGUUAAAACCUGACCGCCAGUGAACUAAGACUGCUCCAGAUCUGCUGGCUCAAACCAAAUGGAGCCUCAGAGCACCAACGACCUCCCACCUCCAGCAGUAUGUUUCUGCAGAGUAAACUACAGUCGAAUGGUCAGACAGAAAAAAAGGCUGCAAUGGGAUGGUGUGUGUGGAUGCGUGUACGCAUGACUGAGUCUGCUUUUUUUCUUCAUUUGAUUGAGCUCAUUGGCUUUUAUCAGUGACACUAUUGAUCUGCCCUCUAACCCCAGCCUAGCUGCUCAGCUCUAUCGCACCACCGUGAGAACCGCACUUGCAUGACCUCCGACCCUUUAUGUGCUUGUUAGGGUUGCUGAAUGUAGAAGGAUGUGAACUCCAUAGAACAUAGACUUAUAAACUAACUGUUCAUGGACUGCGGCCAUGAACAGUUAGUUUCGUUCCACAGGCAUGGGCUUUAUUGAUUCUUUCAUUUAGCCAGUGUUUAUCUCUUUCUUUCUUUUUCUUCAUUUUUACACUUCAUAAGUCAUUUGCCUAGAAAUUGUGGACACAAUUUAGAAGACAAUGAAUGCUCUACAUUAUUAUUUGUAUCUGUAUAUUUUGUGAAUAUGAUUAAGUAUUUAUGUAGAUUGCUAUUUGUAUUCCAACUAUAUGACACUGCGCGAUGAUCAGCUGCACUACAUUAACAUUUGUACUGGUUUGAAUGACAAGAACACCAACUUUUGUAUUUCUAGCAUUUUAAACCACAUUUUCUCAUUGUACACAUUCCUCUCCAUUAGUUUUAACUGUCAUCAGGAAGGCCUGUUUUUACUGGGACAGAAAAUGAUAUUUGCAUAUCCAGGUCUCUUGUUCCCUGUUAAUAGAUGAAUCCCUACUUACUUUUCCCACAUGAUUGUAUAUUUAUAUGUUCAAUAAAGCCAGAUUAUGUAUAUAA